AGAGCUGCCCGGCCUGGCCUCCCCACUCCGGGGACGCACCUGGCACCGGCUCCCGGGAUCCGCCGGUCUACAGGGCAGGAAGGAGCGGCGGAAAAGCUGCCUGCCCUUCCCCACACAAGCUACCCGCUGCGCCUCAGCUCUCUGCAGUUCCCUUUGCGCAGGUCUGGCCCGCGCCCCCGCUCGGGAGUCACUGCAGCAGCAGCGGCCCGGUCGCCAUUACAGCCUAACCUUGAUCCUUUUUGAAGAAUGCAAGCACUUGAAGACAAGCAAUGCGUUGCUUUACAUUCACACUAAAGUACUUGGGGAGACAGAAAGGAUCCUGGAUUGAGAACUGGAACACAGACCUGACGCUGGUGAGCCAGGUUUGCUAAUUCGGAGGAAAACAGCACUCCAACAGAAAGGUGGACAAACAAGAUAGAAGAAACCAGGCUCUGUGGACAACCUCGUGAAACAGAGCCGCCCUCCCAGCACCCACCUUGUUUCACAGACCUCCUUUUGAACUGAUGGCCCGCACUAUGGAACCACUGGCAAAGAAGAUCUUUAAAACAAUUUUAGUAGCUGAAGUUAUGGGCAUUUUUGGAGCUUAUUUUUUGUUUAAUAAAAUGAACACAAGCCAAGAUUUCAGGGAAACAAUGAGCAAGAAAUUUCCCUUCAUCUUAGAAGUUUAUUAUAAAUCCCUUGAACAUUCUGGAAUGUAUGGAAUCAGAGAGCAAGAUCAAGAAAAGUGGAUGAACAGCAAAAAUUAGGACCAGUCGUCACGUUCAGCUUCCCAUCUGAGCUGUUUGAAACCUUUCGAGGGGAGGAGAAGAAAGAUGAGCCCACCACUCUGUGGCCUACUGGCAGUCCGAAGAACAUCCUACUGAGUGAAACAGGAGCCCUUGGCCUGCCAUGGCCUGCACCUCCUGGUUUCCCACCCACUAUGCAAAAUUCACUGCUUGUUUGUUUUCUUCUGUUAUUAUUUAUUGUCCAAGAUUUAUGUUUUACAAAUUAAAGACCACGAAGGAUGCAAAUGCUCUAUUAAAGAUUUUUUCCCAAUGAACAAACUUACUGAUGAAAGAAUAGAAACCAGUACUAUGACUAUCAGAAAUAAUUAAAAUGUCUAUAAAGCACAUAAAUUUACUUAGCAAACACACAACUCCCUAAACAAAUUAAAUUUUAAAAGGUUGUAAUCUAAGUACUUUUAAUUCUACAUGUUGCCUAGUCGGAAGAUGAGAAAGCCAUUCCUUUCAGGUUGUAAGGUGCUGUAAAAAGGUCCUCCCAACAUAUUUAUAUCUUCAGAAAUUCUAAGUCAAGGGUAUUUUGAAACCUCAAUAAAAAAAAUUCAGGAUACUUACUUGCAUUAUCUUUAUUAGCCAUGGCAUUCAUACCAAUGUUAUCAAAUUUGGACCCCAUAUUUUCAUCCAAUAGGUGGCCAAACUUAUAGAGAAAAAAAAAAAAAAGUUUAUUAGAAAACUUAGAACAUGUAGGAUAGUUAACUUCUUAAAGUGGUACAUUAACCUUACUUACCUCUUCAGCAGAUACAAAGAGGCUGGAGUCAUUGAAAUUUCUUUUCUUUCUCUGCCUUGGUCCUGAAAAAAGUAUAACCUUAGAUUAUUCAGUUGUAAACCCAAUGACUUAUGGAAAAAUGUAAAUCUUUCAACAUGGUUUUGUUAAAAAAUUUUUUUGGCUUAAAACCUACUAUUAUCUUGUAGCCCCAUUAGAUAGCUGGCAUUUAAAGACAGAAAUAUAACUUAUUUGAGUAAGUAGAUAAUACUUUUUUUUUUUUUUUUUUUUUUAAUUAAUAUCCUAACAAAACUGUUCAGAUAAAAACAUUAUCUUCCUGCCUUUCAGAUUUGGUCAAGGAUUACCCUUAAGUGAAAUACCAGUGUCAGGCAAGAUUAAAAUUCCAACUUUAAAUGAAUGAGUUUGGGAAUAUUUAAGGCAAAAUGUAAAUUCUAAGUGAGAAGUGUUAUUCUUUGAAGUAACUGUGAAAAAACUGAUAUUGAAGGUAUGUUUAUUAUGUUAUGAGUGAAGUUUUGAUUAUACUACUCAAUAUAAAGUCAUUCUCCUUAAAAAAAAUUCCCUAUUAAGUUUGACAACACAAACUUUCAGAGAUAUAGACAAAAUAGUAAAAUGUCUGUAAUACUUAUUAAUUUACACAUAUUUUAAAUCAGAUUAUCUAAAAAUACAUUAACUUAGAAACACUGCUUUUUUCCAUUCUCACCCUUCCUGAAACAAUAUUAUUCAGACUCUUUGCAUCUUUGACAUCAGUGUCUCCGGGACCUCUAAAGCCACUUUUUGAUUUGCUUAAAAUCUCUCUCUUUUUUAAAAACAACAGCUUUACUGAGGAAUAAUUACAUGCUAUAAACUUCAAUUGAUCUAAGUUUUAGGAAAUUAACAGAGUUGUUCAACCAUCACAAUUCACCUUUAGAACAUUUCCAUCACCACAAAAACAUCCCUUGUGCCCAUGUGCGCUCACCACCUGUCCCAGCUAGCCAUCAAUCUACUUCAUUUUUAUAGAUUUGUCUUUUCUGGAUAUUUCAUUUAAAAGGAAUCAUACAAUAUGUGGUCUUUCGCAUGUGGCUUCUUUUGGCAUGUGGCAUGUUCUAUCAUGUAGCAGUGCUUCAUUUCUGUUUAUGGCUGAACCACUGCAAAGAUUAUACCACAUUUUAUUUAUCCAGCCACCAGUUAAUGGAUAUUUGGGUUGUUACCCCCUUUUGACUAUUAUGAAUAAUACUGCUAUGAACAAUUGUGUACAAGUCUGUAUGGAUAUCAGAGCCACUUUUGGUAAACGGUUUCUAGAGCAUUUCCUCUUCAUUUUUAUCAAGUUGAAAUGUAUGGUAUUUAAGAAGCAUUUAUGGUACUAUUAUUGCAUAUUUUAUUUCAAGCUACAAUACCGAUUUGCAUAGUAUUAGGACAGGAUUGUUUGCUUUUCAUUAUUCCUGUAGGUGUAUAUCUGUGAAUUCAUGAGUAAGCACUUACCAUACUGCUUUUUAAAAGUUUCCUUAAUGUUUGCUUAUAGUAAUAUCCAACAUUUGUAAAUGUACGGUCAUACCCCCUUCUCAAUAUCAGUUAAUAAAUCUGUAUGAAAUUC